AUGUGGGGAUCUGCUGCGGGGGCUAAGCUCCACGGGAGAGGUCGCACUGCCAGAUGGAGAGGCGGCGCCGCCGCGAGGCUGCGGCCCCUCCUCGUCGCAGCCACGAUUCUCGCCGUCGGGGGCCUCCUGGUCGGAGCCUCGCCGGAGGAGUUCUUCUCCAUGGCCUCCCUCCCCCUCGGAUUCGAGCUCUCUGCGCGCCACCGCAGAGUUGGCCUCUCCCAGAACGGCGUCUUCGCCUUCGGGUUCCUCGGUGAGCUCGACAGCGAUGGCGGCGGCGGCGAUGGCCUCCUGGUGGCGGUCUGGUACAACGUCGGCGGCGGCGCUGAGAAGGUCCCCGUCUGGGCCGCCGGCGGCGGGAUCCGAGUCUCCCGUGGCGCAACCAUCCGUCUCUCCGCUGAUGGCAGUCUCCUGGUCUUCGACGGCCGGCGGGAUGGCUUCGCUGUCUGGAGUAGCAACACGGCGAAUCUGGGCGUCAAGUCGGCCUCCCUCCUCGGCAACGGGAACCUCGUCCUCUCCGCCGGCGGCGAGCGGUCCGCCGCCGCAGUCUGGGAGAGCUUCGGUAGCCCCACGAACACUCUCCUUCCGGGCCAGCCCCUCCGCUUCCCUCAGUCCCUCCGAGCUCUCCCCUCCGGCGGCGGCGCCGCCAGCUCCUACAGCUUGACUGUCACCCGCUUGGGGGAGAUCUCUCUCGUGUGGGAGGACAACGUGACCUACUGGAGCAGCGGCGCCAUGAACGCGUCCGCCGCCAUGGUUGAAGCGAGGUUGCAGGCCGACGGCGUAUUCGGCCUCUUCGACGCCGGCGGCGCCACCGCCUGGUUCAGACUGAGCGAGGACUUCAAGGACCCGACGGUGGCGCUCCGCCACCUGAGAAUCGACCUCGACGGGAACCUGCGGAUCUACUCCUGGGUGGCGGCGGAAUCCUCGUGGAAAAUCAGCUGGCAGGCGGUGCAGAACCAGUGCGACGUCUUCGGCUUCUGCGGCCUGUACAGCCUCUGCGGGUUCAACUCCUCCGGCCCCGCCUGCAAGUGCUUGGCAGUGGCAGCGGCGCCAAGCUCCGGCGGGUGCGGGAGGAUCGCCGACCUGGGGAGCUGCGGCGGCGCUGCCGUCGCCAUGAGAGCCCUGGAGAACACCGUCCUCCAUAGCCUGUACCCUCCUCGCGACGCGGAGGCCCUGAUGAGCUCCGAGGCCUGCCGGAGAUACUGCCUCGACGAUAGCUCCUGCAUCGCCGUCACCGUCAAGAACGACGGCUCCGGCCUCUGCACCAUCAAGCGGAGCAGCUUCAUUGCCGGCUACAGCUACUCCGCCGUCGCGGCGACCUCGUUCUUGAAGACCUGUCUGGUCCCUCAGGCGGUCUCCGGCAUGGCGGCGGCGGCGGCGCAGGGAUUCCACGGCGGUGCCGUUGACUCCCGGCGGCGCCGCCAGGAUUCUACGGCGGCGAUCGCACUGGUCCUGCUGAUCACCGCGGGGGUGUUCCUCACGGCGGAGCUGCUCCUCUUCUGGUUCGUGGUUCGCCGGAGACGGCGGAGGCUCGACGUCGGAGACAUACGACGGCCGGUUUCAGUGGCGGAGGAGCUGCAGGUGAAGAUGCUCCACGGCGAUCUGGUGAGGCUGUCGAUCGAAGAGGUGGAGAUUCUCACCGGAGGCUUCAGAGCGAAGCUCGGCCCGACGGUGUUCAAGGGUUUUCUCUCUCAUCGGGCCACCGUAACGGCUAAGUUGCUCACAGGUGCAGUGGUAAGUGAGAGAGAGUUCUUGAUCCAGGUGGUCGCCCUGAGCAGAGCCGGCGGCCACCAGAACCUCGUCGCCAUGAAGGGAUUCAGCUUCGGCUCGGAGAAGAAGAUCCUGCUGUACGAGUACGUGAGGGGGUGCUCCCUCGACCGGUGGCUGGCCCGGCGGCGGGUCGACCGUUGCGGCGGCGGCUGGCGGCAGAGGAUGAACGUUGCGGUGGGGGUGGCGAGGGCCCUCCGCCACCUGCAUCUGGGGUGCAAGACCUCCAUCGCCCACGGGAACCUUAAGGCGGCGAACGUCCUCAUCGCCGAUGGCGAUCCGGCGACGAAGGUAGCCGACUACGGUCUGCAGAAGCUCCGGCAGCCGGCGGCGGAUUCCUCGCCGGAAACCUUGCCGGAGAGGGACGUAUUCAUGCUCGGGGUGAUCUUCCUUCAGCUCGUCUCCGGCAGGGGAGGGGCGGCGGCCGGAGAGCUGUACAGUUCGGCCUCUAGGGCUUGCCGAGAGGGGGAACUGGAAGGGUUCAUAGACGGCCGGUUGAAGGUCUGCGGCAAUGGCGGCGAUGGCGGAGAGGGGAGAGAAGCGGUGGAGAGGGCGAUGAGGCUGGCUCUGUGGUGCAUGCAGGAGAGCCCCAAGCUCAGGCCCUCCAUCGCCGAGGUGGUCGCCGUGCUGGAGAGCUCUCUCUCUCUAGAACUCCCGCCAAGCCCGUGA